CAAAAUCACUGGAUGUAGGUUUAAGUAUAACUUUGGAUUGAGAGUUAUAUUUCAUUAUUGUCAAGACUUUUGUGCCUUUAAAUAAACACACUGAGCUACUGGAUUAUUAAGAUUGUGUGAACAUCAAUAAUUUUUGGCACAAUUCAACAUCAACAACACUGUUCUUCAAUUGAUCAAUCAAUCAAUCAAUCAGUCAGUUAAUUAGUUACAUUGAACAGCUUCAUUGACUCUUUGCACAAAUGCUUUCCUCACUAUUCCUUGUAACCACUGCCGUAGAAUGUCAGAUAUAAACGGAAGAUUUAUUAAUCCAAUGGGUCCAAAUGAUCUAUGCCAAAAGUUAUUUCAACAGCAACAAGACAAAAUAAGUGAGUGUGAUUUUCUAUUGGAAUGUGAUACACACAGUCAAGUGGUCCACAGGUGUUUAUUACGUGCUGUAUCGCCAACAAUUGAUCAACUCUGCUCAGAAGAAUGUAUAAACUCUGACAGUAAUCAUACUGACAGUGAUCCGAACGACUUUCAUAGUGAUGACGAUGAUGAUUACCACGAGAAUGAUAUUAAUCAGGACAGUGAUAAGUCUCAUCAGAUCAGACAGGUGAAGAACUCGUUUCAUUUAGGCAAUAUACCAGCGAAUACACUGGAGGCGAUUGUGAAUUAUAUCUACAAAUCAGAAAUAUUAAUUAACGAUACAAAUGCCCUUGAACUGUUCAAUGCCUGUAGUUUAUUGAAGAUACAGUUUAUUCAAGACGCCUGUACUGAUUAUUUGAAGGCCAGUCUAAACGAUAACAACUGUCUACUUAUAAUGAAGAAUUUUAAUACGAAUAACAGUAAUGAAGAUAAUAAAUUAGUCAAUGAAUGUAUUAAAUAUGCUGCAAAACAUUUUGAUAGUAUGUUGGAGAAAGAUGAAAUGCUAAAUGCUACACCGGACGAACUUCUUAGAAUGCUUAAACAUACUGAAUUCUGUAUUCAAGAUGAAUGGAAACUAAUAGAAUUCAUUCAUUCAUGGAUAAAUCAUGAUCAAACGAACCGAUACAGUUAUGCUGAUCAGUUAACUAAACAAAUACGUUUCCAGUUGUUAGAUACAGAAAAGUUACUUGAAAUAUUGGAAAAUCUUGAAUGGGCGAUAUUUCAUCAAUGUGUUAAAAAAGCACUCAUUGAACUUGGACAGUUGUCACGGCAGUCAGCCAUCGCUAAAUGGGAGCGUAAAUCGGAUCUACCUAAAGACGCGGAAUUAAACUCUUCACCUCCCCCCAGAGUUGCAUCCAGUUUGAAAACCUGUUCAAAUACAAAAACUACAGAAAUGCUUUCUGAUACAACUUUGGUAUGUUUUGGAGGUCGACUAUCCGAUAAACGUUUCACAAUGAGUAUAACAUGUUUUGAAAUUAGUCAGUUAACACUGCCAGUUAAUCAACUAUCACUAGAUGAACAAGAAUUUGUUGAAUGUGAUGAAAUUCUCUCCGAUGAUAUUAUCAGGGAAUCGUUUACUUUCCCCUAUCUUAAACAAUUCAUUGUACCGAAUUUACAACAAAUGCCAUCGAUGAGAAAAGGCUUCGGUGCAGUGAGUUUAGAAAACAGAAUAUACCUUUUCGGUGGAAGACCCAAAACUUCAUUACAAUCGGGUGAAAUUUAUGAUAUUUCGGAAGAAUCGUGGUUAGAAGGACCAAAGUUGAAUGUUGGCCGAAGCUGGUUUUGCCUGACGGAAUGUGAUGGUCUAAUAUUUGCUGUCGGAGGUGUAGGUGAUGAUGCAGGACCAAUUUUAUCAUCUGUUGAAAUGUUGGAUCCACGCGUCAAUAAAUGGCAGUUGUUGUCCCCGAUGAUAAGACCACGAUUCGGUUUCGGUAUUUGUCCAACUAAAAAGGGAAUGGCUGUGGUUGGUGGUGUUGAUGAACAGACUGUUGAACUCUAUGAUAUCAAAUCCGGGAAAUGGCAACCACUGGCGAAAAUGGAAGAAGCGCGUGAAGCUCCAAGUGUUUUUGCCUAUGACGACAGUAUAUACAUUUGUGGAGGAGCGAAUAAAGCAGGCUGCCUAAACAGAACAAAUAUUUUCUCUUUGAAAACUGGGGAAUGGAGUCAGGGGAAAUCAAUGAUUUUGCAUCGUGCAUUUACAGCUACACGAAUAUGGAAGGAAUUCGUCUUUUUAAUCGGAGGCCGAAAUAAUACAGAACCGUCAAAUUUAAUACAGGCGUAUAAUUUAAAAACAAAUGAAUGGGCUGUAUUACCACAGACACUGCCCUAUUACGUUUCAAGUUGUUGUGCGAUAACUACAAAUGUCUUGUAAAUUGCCAGUUUAUUUCAUCUCAAAGGUGACUUAUACAUAUAUAUAUUAUAAAAACUGUAUUUAAU